GUUUUGACAGCUUUCUUCUCACACGUGCCGUCGUUGGCCAACAGUCUUCCGUAUUUUAGUUUCGUGAUUUUUGUUUUUAGAGUAUUCUAAGCAGCUAAAAUGGGACGCAAAAACAGGUCUCGAAAGCGCCGUGACGCAAUGAACCUGAUCAAAAAGGAACGCUAUGCAAAAAAGGAUCUGGAGCGCCUGAAAAAGAUGCUUGGCAUCGACGACCAGGGAAAUGUCGACAUGAAAGAUUUGUCAGAGGUUGCCGUGGUUAAAACUGCAAAACAAAUUAAGCAGGAAAAACGCAAGAAGGAAGAGGAGGAAGUUCAGCGUGAGCUGCAGGAAAUGGACGACAAAGGCGAAAACGUCGAAGUGGUCAACGAGAAGACCGGUAAAGUGCACAUUUACAAUACGAAAACGUUCAAGGAUCAACACGGAUCGUACCCACCGUGGUUCAAGCCCAGGAAGACCGAGAGGAAGACGAGGAAGUUGUUACACGCCAGAAAGCAGAGAUUCAAGCAGGCCUGGUCCACGGCGAAUGUCCCGCUCUGAAGUGGAGUUUUAGAUUUAAGGAAUUGGAUGUGCUAGAGUUUGUUAAGAAAAUCUUUGAACGAA